AUGUCGAACACACCGUCAGUGCGAAUACAAAUGCCGGCAACCAUGCAAUCGCCACGGUUGGCGCUGCGUCCACCGCGUUUGAAUCUCUCCGGCGUCACCAGUUCGGGCUCCAAUCAGUUGCAUCCGCCCUUAACCGGCCACCCAUUGGCCACACAUCCACAGACAGGACUACCGUUAACCGCACAAACUAAGGAAAGCGAACAAUGGCCUUUCUUUUCGGCAUCCGAUUUCGCCAGAGGUUUCUCCGAUUUCGUGGACUUCACCAAGGCGGGCAUGAGUUUUGGCGAAAAGUUCACCUUUGGUCUGUACGAGAAGCUGAGCAAGUGGUCACGCAAAUGGUUCACACAUAUUUUCCUAUUCAUUGUCAUGGUGCUCUUUAGUGCUGGUGGUGCGAUGGUAUUUGUUGUUGUCGAAGGUCACCAUGCCAACCAAGUACAACUGGAUUUGAGCUAUCAGCGGAGAGAAUUCUUAAAAGAAAUGUCCAGUUUGGCUUCCGAUCCGGCUUUGCUGUCUGACCGUCAGCGUUUAGAGGGAAAAGUAGUAAAUAUCAUGCGCAGUCAUAAAGAGGCCAUUAACUCAUUCAUAAACAAUGAAAAAACUUUUGAGGAAUUGGAAAAACAGAAGAAUCCUUGGACUUUUAUGAAUUCAAUGUUCUUUUGCGGCACAAUUUAUACGACAAUCGGUGAGUACAUGCAGUAA